AUGGGGAUGGGCAAGGAGGAAACAGAGGAUGAUUACGGUGAGGUGGAGAGCGAGGGGAAGCAGGGCACAGAGAGGAGUGAGGUACUUAGUUUCUGUCAGAGUGGGGAUUUGCAGGAGAUUGGGAUGGGCGAGGAGGAGACAGGGGAUGAUUACGGUGAGGUGGAGAGCGAGGGGAAGCUGUGCGCAAAUGUAGGGGGGAGUGUGGAGGAGGUGGGUGUUUUGGAGAGUGGGGUUUGGCAGGGGACGGGGAUGAGCGAGGAUGAGACAGGGGAUGGUGGCGUUGAAGCGGAUCAGUUUGUAAUGAGGACGUUGCUGAUUGACAACUACGACAGCUACACCUUCAAUCUUUACCACCUUCUUGCGGAAGUGAAUGGAGUCCCCCCAGUGGUGGUGCGGAACAACGAGGUCUCCUGGGAGUAUCUCAGAGAUCUGCUGCUGCACCAACGCCUCUUCCAUUCAAUCGUCAUCUCACCUGGCCCUGGCACGCCCUGCUGCCCUGCUGACAUUGGUGC